GGAUCAUCACAAUGUAACGCAGAACAGCCUCCAGUCAAAUAAUCGCCCAACCGCCUCUCCUAAUGCUGGACCGCCUUCUCUUGCGAAAUUGAUUCCAUAGGUAAAAGAAGGGCAUUUUCGCCCAAAAAUAAAUAAAUUUUUUGUAUUAGAGGUAUUUGCUAAAAAAUAUGGUUUUUUGGGCGGAAGUUGGGAAAAGUUAGGUCGGGUAACUUGCUUAGAAAGCCUACCUUUGGUUUUUUUUUUACAAUUUUCCCUAAAAGUAAAACAGCAAGGGGAAUAUCAACAUAGGGUUUCUUCUCUCUAUAUAAGAGGAUUGUAGAAGAGAAGGUUGAAGAAAAGGUGACAAUGUUGAAGGAAAAUGGUGAUUUCAUGGGAAGCUUCACAGAUUUUUUGGGUGGUGUAGUGAGAAAAGGCGUUCCCAAAGCUGAAGAUUUAAUGAGAGAAGGAAAGGAAAGAGCAAAUUUGGUGGCCUCUGCAGUGAGAGAAAGCAUGCCCAAAGCUGAAGAGUUAGUGAAAGAAGGGAUGGCCAGGGCGAAUUUAGUAGCCUCUGCAGUGAGAGAUGCCAUGCCUAUUGCUCAUGAGAAAGUAGCAGAUUUACCGAGAGAAGGCAAGGUUAAGAGCCAAUUGCUGGCUGAUCAAGGUACAAGAUCUCAAGUGUGAUUUUGAUGAAGAGCAAGUAAUUCUUCAUUCAUGACCUCAAUCCACGUGGGGUUUCUUGUGAAGUCUAUGUAGGUACUUGGUUCUGUAUGUUUAGUGAGUGCAACGAAAAAUGAAUGAUGUUCAAGGGAGAGCUCACCAUAUGAUGCCCACUAUUCUAUUGGAAAGAACCUUCAUAGUUGAACAUCUCUAGAUGAUCGACAUGGCUGAUUAUUGUGGGUUGGUGCACUUGAAGUAUUUACUACAGAGGGAUUAAUGUUAUCACCACCACUCAAUACUUGACCAAUAGCUGUAACUGUAACUUACUUGAAUGAGGAAUUUCUAGAGUGUGAGAAAUUAUAACUUACUUGAACAAAAGGUAGAUACUUGUACUUGAACAAAAGAUAGAGACUUGUAAAAGUAUUGAGGAAUGGCUAUGAUAGCAUGAAGAAAUUUAGAGCACGAUAUUUGUGUAGAAUUCUCUGCACCCCAUAGAGAGGGAUGUAGGUUCUAUUUAUAAUAGUUAUGUACUCAUCGUUGAUUGACU